AAUUCAUAACUCAGUAACACAACUGCAUACUAGCUACCAUGGCUUUGACCAACUCAAAUAUUGAAACUUAUGUUAUUAGGGUUAUGAUGAUCUUCACAACUUUCUCUCUCUUAUUUGCAAAAAAGGCAAACUCCAAAAACACAGUUAUCUUCAACUUUCCCAAGUUCACCAAGGAUGAUAUUCCUAGUCUAACCCUUCAAGGGAGUGCUGAUAUUUUACUAAAUGGGGCCUUAUCACUAACAGAUACUACCCAUGCUACUCCAAAUGUAGGUCGUGUCUUGUAUUCAAGUCCAGUACCCAUUUGGGACAAUAACACCGGCCAUGUUGUCAGCUUUGUUACUUCUUUUUCUUUCGAAAUAACCCCUUGGCCAAAUGUUUCUAACUCUGAUGGAUUGGUCUUCUUUCUCACAGACCCAGCAAACAUCAAGAUCCCAGAAAACUCAGGUCAAGGAGAUCUCGGAGUAAUUAAUUCAAAUAAUGCUUUUAAUAAAUUUGUUGGUGUAGAGUUUGACACUUAUGCCAAUACAUGGGAUCCCCCAUAUCAACAUAUUGGAAUUGAUGUCAACUCUUUAUAUUCGUCCAAAUAUAUAAAAUGGAACUCGGUGAGUGAAUCAUUGGUGAAAGUACAAAUAAUAUACGAAUCUUCCUCUACUACUUUAACUGUUGUUGUCACUGACAAAAAUGGCCAAAUUUCCAUACUUGCUCAAGUGCUUGAUUUGAGUUAUUUGCUCCCACACGAGGUUGUUGUUGGUAUAUCUGCUACUUCAGGGGUUCGUCAAUCACACUUCAUCUACUCAUGGUCUUUCACUUCAUUCUUGGACCCAACUAAAAAGAUCAUCUCAGACAACAUCAACAAUGUUAUUGCAAGCAAUUAGAUACGCAUGCAUGACUUCAUUUGUAUGGUCUAUUGUAUUGUAUGCAUAUGAUGAAAGAGACCAUGCUAGCUAACUUUGUUGUCUCAACCAUAUGCAUAAAUAUGUUUGUGUUUUUAUUACCUUCAAAUAAUAAAGACCAUGCUUUAGUUAUUAUUACUUA